AUGGCCCCCCGUAGGGACGUUUCUGUUCUCUGGGUCCUGUUUCUGGUCGCAGGCCUCAUUUCCCCCACAGUUGCCCAGACAUGGACCGCAUGCAAUCCUAUGAAAGCAGACUGCAAGCCAAACCCAGCGCUGGGCAGAGACUACGCCUACAACUUCACCGGCAACCUCAACCCUGCCGUUUGGAACACGACGUCGGGGCAGGUUGUCAUGGGAAAGGAAGGCGGCGAAUUCACGAUCAAGGAGAGACUACAGUCGCCCACAAUUCAAUCGCACUUUUACAUUUUCUUUGGCAGAGUCGAGGUGCACAUGAAAGCCGCAACUGGUAGGGGCAUCGUCAGCAGUAUCGUUGUUCAGUCCGAAACCCUUGAUGAGAUAGACUGGGAAUGGGUUGGCUCUGAGCAGGGAAUCGUCCAGACAAACUACUUCGGCAAGGGCAACGACUCGAGUUUCGAUCGCGGGAAAAAGCAUGACGUCGCCGACCCAACCCAUUCGUUCCACAACUAUACCAUUAACUGGACCUCAAAGCAGCUGGAAUGGUGGAUUGACGGCAAGAUGAUCCGUACACUGAAGCCUGAGGAGGCUGGUGGCGGCAAAUUCUACCCCCAAACUCCAUCUACUGUACGCCUAGGGAUCUGGCCUGCCGGGGACGAAAAGAACCGGCCAGGAACUAUCGAAUGGGCUGGCGGCAAAGUGGACUAUACCAAUGGCCCAUACACUAUGAUUGUUAAAUCAUUGAAAGUCCAGGAUUUCUCCAGUGGCAAGGAAUACGUCUAUGGAGACAGAUCUGGCUCCUGGCAAAGUAUCAAGGUCGUUGCGGGAGAGUCUGAUGUUGCAAAAGAGGCUUCAAAACCACCUCCAAAAUCGUUUGCCGAAAAGUGGAGAGACUUGCCCGCGGCUACCAAAGGCGGUAUCUUCGCGGGUAUUGGGGGUGCUGUCGCCAUCGGCCUGUCUAUCAUUGCGUUCUGCUGCGUUAAACAACGAAGAGCCGGACGCAAGGAGUACAACAUGGAAAACAGCAAAUUCGUCUCGGAACAGGAUAGCAAUAUGGCGCUUCGAUCGCAAUGGAACCAUAGAUAUCAAGAAGUCCGCAGCUAUUAA